AUGAGCACCGAAUCAGGAGUGAAGACACAGUCGACGUUCGACAUCGUAGCGACAUACCGCCGCAUCCUCAAAGAUGACCCGGAACUCACCAUGCCCGUCGCGGCCAUCGAGGCGCUCGUAGAAGCCAUCGCGCAGAGCUCCGUCUCGACCGUCGCAGAGACACUCGACCUGCUCGAACGCCACACGGCCGCCCUCAAGGCCUCCAUCGCGAACCCAAUUUCCCUGUCCGCCGGCACAGAUCUCUUCCAGCGCUACCUCAUCACGACGCUCAACCGCCCGGCGAGCCUGAACCUCGGCCCCGACGAUGACUUCCGCGCGAUACGCAACCACCUCCUCUCCAACGGCAAGCUGUUUGUGGACCGUGCGAAACAGAGCAGGGAGAAGAUCGCGAGUUUCGGCAAGCACUUCAUCCGUGACGGUGGCACGGUGCUCACAAAUGGAGGAUCGCGAGUAGUGGGUGCGCUACUGCGAACGGCCGCCGAGUCGAGCACUCUCCGGUUCAAGGUCAUAUACGUCUUGCCCUCGUCAAGCUCGUCAGAUGCGAAAGAGGGCCUCCAGACUGUCGCCGACCUCCGAGAACACAAUGUACCAGUCGCCACAAUUCCAGAUUCGGCCGUCGCCUACUCACUGGGCAAGGUCGACAUGGUCAUUGUCGGAGCCGAAGGCGUCGUCGAGAACGGUGGCAUCAUAUCGCGCAUGGGCACGUACCAGUUGGGCGUACUGGCUAAGAGCAAAGGAAAGCCCUUCUACGUGGUCGCCGAGAGCCACAAGUUCGUUAGGCUAUAUCCACUCAGCCAGUUCGAUCUGCCCAUUGAGCAGAAGGUACUCGACUUCAAGGUCGCAGAAGAACACAAGGCGGAACACAAGGCGGAACACAAGCCCAAGAGCGACGAAGAGCAACGGAAUGUCUUUGACGAAGCCAUCGCAGACAUGACUGCGAAGCAGAGAUCGACCGUCGUUCCGCUCGACGCUCAUGACGCUGUCGACUUUACGCCACCCGACUUGAUCUCCGGCAUCAUCACAGAGUCUGGCGUUCUCACUCCAUCUGCCGUGUCAGAGGAGCUGAUCAAGAUAUGGUUUUGA